CCUGACUCGCCCCUUCUCUUUUAUCCCCUCUUCCCCACUCUCACUUCCCUCGCCUGUCGCAGUUUGAAAUCCGGCGACUUUCCGGCGAAAACCUCAGACAAGAUCCUCUUCGACUCCUUAAAUGGAGACAUUAACCCUAAUCUUGUUUUCACCUUCACGCUCUACUUGAAUUCCUCGGCGGUAUUCCGAUGGGCUUCGUUUCAGCUUCUUCCAUCACCUCACUCUUGUCCACGCAGUGCUCUCCACCGCAUCUGAACCCGAGUUUUGUAGGGUUUAAGCCCAGAUAUCGGGUCAAAACUCGGAAAUCGGGGUCUAGGGAAUCCGAGAAAUCUAAGAAGAUUCUGCCCGUUAGAGGUAGUUUUGGUCCUUUCGCCUUUUAUGGGGUUUCUAAGGGUUCAAAGCACCCCGCAGGCACGAGUAAUGGGGUCUCGGAAUGGCCGAGGCUGUUGGAAGCAGGAAAUGGGUUUGCUUCUUCAUCCGGGUGUGGGGCGAAAUCGAAGGAGAGUGUAAUACAAUUCGUCUCCAAACCUCUAGUUUACGCCUUGUUCUGUAUCGCAAUUGGGUUUUCACCAAUUCGUUCCUUCCAACCUCCCGCCCUGGCGAUAUCCUUUGUUAGUGAUGUGAUAUGGAAGAACAAGAAAGAGACAGUGAGGGAAAAAGAGGUUGUUCUGAAAAGAGUGGAUCAUGAGUUUUCGGGUUAUACGAGGAGGUUGUUGGAGACAGUAUCUGGUCUACUGCAGAGUAUUGAGAAGGUCAAAAGGGAAAAUGGAGAUGUAGCUGAAGUGGGAAUGGCUUUGGAGGCGGUGAAGGAAGAUAAUGAGAAGCUGCAGAAAGAGAUCAUGAGUGGAAUGUAUAGAGAUGUGAAGGGGUUGAGAAAGGAGAAAGAUGCGUUAAUGCGACGUGCUGCGGGAAUUAUAGACGAGGCCUUAAAAGUGAAGAAAGAGAGUGAGAGAUUGUUGGCCAAAGGGGAGAAAGAGAGACUGAAAAAAUUGGAAGAGAGAGUAGAUAUAAUGGAAAGCCAGUACGGCAAGAUAUGGGAAAUAAUAGAUGAGAUUGAUGAUACAAUUUUGAAGAAAGAAACGGUGACAUUGAGUUUCGGGAUUAGGGAGCUUAUUUUCAUUGAGAGGGAAUGUGAAGAGUUGGUUAAAGCGUUCAACCGUAAAAUGAAGCAGAAGAAACUUGAGAGUCUCUCUAAAAGUCCUGCUACAAAACUCUCAAGUUCUGAAAUUAAGCGGGAGCUAGAGGAUACACAACGAAAGCACUUGGAACAACUGAUACUGCCUAAUGUUGUGGAACUAGAUGAUUCUGGUCCCCUAUUUGAACGUGAUUCUGUUGAUUUUGCCCUACGCAUAAAACAACGCCUCGAGGAAUCGAAAAAGCUACAGAAAAAUCUUCAAGAUCGUAUUAGAAAACGUAUGAGAAAGUUUGGUGAAGAAAAGCUUUUUGUUGUAAAAACCCCAGAAGACGAAGUCGUGAAGGGUUUUCCAGAAGCUGAGAUGAGAUGGCUGUUUGGAGAGAAGGAGGUGGUUGUUCCUAAAGCCAUCCAGCUUCAUUUGCACCAUGGUUGGAAAAAGUGGCAAGCAGAAGCUAAGGCAGAUUUGAAGAGGAAAUUGUUGGAAGAUGCAGAUUUUGGUAAGGAGUAUAUUGCGCAGAAACAGGAACAAAUUCUUCUGGCUCGAGAUAGAGUUGUCUCAAAGACUUGUUAUAAUGAGGACAAAGAUCGGUGGGAAAUGGAUCCAAUGGCUGUUCCAUAUGCAGUUUCUAAGAAGCUGAUAGAGAGUGCAAGGAUCAGGCAUGACUAUGCUGUAAUGUAUGUCGCCCUAAAAGGAGAUGACAAGGAGUAUUAUGUCGAUAUCAAGGAAUAUGAGAUGCUGUUUGAGGAUUUCGGAGGAUUUGAUGCUUUGUACAUGAAAAUGCUUGCUUGUGGAAUUCCAACUUCUGUUCAUCUCAUGUGGAUACCUUUCUCAGAGCUAAGUAUCCAACAACAGUUUCUGGUGGUCACAAGGGUGGUCUCUCGAGUCCUUAGUGGACUAUGGAAGACUCAAAUCGUGUCAACUGCAAAACAUUGGCUUUUAGAGAAGAUAAAGAAUAUAAACGACGACAUAAUGAUGGUGGUCAUGUUUCCCAUUAUUGAAUUUAUCAUCCCUUACCCGAUAAGGCUGCGUCUGGGAAUGGCAUGGCCAGAGGAACUAGAUCAGAGUGUUGGUACGACGUGGUACUUGCAAUGGCAAUCUGAAGCGGAAUUGAACUUCAAGUCCCGCGAUACAGAAGACUUUCAAUGGUUCCUGUGGUUUCUCGUUAGAAGCUUCAUUUAUGGGUUUGUCUUGUAUCAUGUUUUCCGCUUUUUAAAGAGAAAAGUUCCAAGACUACUUGGCUAUGGACCCUUCCGUCGAGAUCCAAAUGUCAGAAAAUUCUGGAGAGUGAAUUCAUAUUUUACUUAUAGAAAAAGGAGAAUCAGACAAGAGAGAAGGGCUGGCAUUGACCCCAUCAAAACUGCAUUUGACAGAAUGAAGAGGGUGAAAAACCCACCAAUUCCAUUGAAAGACUUUGCUAGUAUUGAGUCUAUGAGAGAGGAAAUCAACGAGGUUGUAGCAUUUUUACACAACCCAAAGGCGUUUCAGGAGAUGGGUGCCCGUGCUCCUCGAGGAGUUCUUAUUGUGGGUGAGAGAGGAACAGGAAAGACGUCACUGGCUCUUGCUAUCGCGGCAGAAGCAAGAGUGCCUGUUGUUAAUGUUGAAGCUCAAGAACUGGAGGCUGGAUUAUGGGUUGGUCAAAGUGCGGCGAAUGUUAGGGAACUCUUUCAAACCGCUAGAGAUUUGGCACCUGUAAUUUUGUUUGUGGAGGAUUUUGACCUCUUUGCUGGUGUACGUGGGAAGUUCAUACAUACAAAGCAGCAAGAUCAUGAAGCUUUCAUUAACCAGCUUCUUGUUGAACUUGAUGGCUUUGAGAAGCAGGAUGGCGUUGUUUUGAUGGCCACAACACGGAAUCAUAAGCAGAUUGAUGAGGCUUUAAGGCGGCCUGGUCGUAUGGAUAGGGUAUUUCAUCUUCAGCGUCCAACUGAAAUGGAGAGGGAGAGAAUUUUGCACAUUGCUGCAGAGAAAUACAUGGACAGAGAACUCAUCGAUCUGGUGGAUUGGCGAAAGGUCGCCGAGAAGACAGCUCUAUUACGCCCGACAGAACUAAAACUUGUUCCAAUGGCUCUAGAAGGUAGUGCCUUCAGGAACAAAUUUCUUGACACAGAUGAACUUCUGGGUUACGUUAGCUGGUUUGCAACUUUUAGCCAUAUGGUGCCCCAGUGGUUCCGGAAAACCAAAGUUGUGAAGACAAUGAGCAAAAUGGUCGUGAAUCAUCUUGGACUCAGCUUAACAAAAGAAGAUUUGGAGAAUGUGGUUGAUCUGAUGGAACCAUAUGGUCAGAUAAGCAAUGGGAUAGAACUCCUAAACCCUCCGCUCGAUUGGACAAGGGAAACAAAGUUCCCGCAUGCUGUAUGGGCAGCUGGCCGUGGCCUCAUUGCUCUUCUAAUUCCAAAUUUUGAUCUUGUGGAUAAUCUCUGGCUUGAACCUUGUUCUUGGCAGGGGAUUGGGUGUACAAAAAUCACUAAGGCCACAAACGGAGGCUCCACAAGUGGGAAUGCAGAGCCCAGAUCAUAUCUCGAAAAGAAACUUGUUUUCUGCUUUGGGUCCCAUAUUGCAUCGCAAAUGCUUCUUCCCUUUGGAGAAGAAAAUAAUCUUUCUUCUUCAGAACUAAAGCAAGCUCAGGAGAUAGCAACAAGUAUGGUGCUUCAAUAUGGCUGGGGACCUGAUGAUAGCCCUGCUGUCUACUAUGCCAAUAACGCGGUCUCCGCUUUAAGCAUGGGGAACAAUCACGAAUAUGAAAUGGCGGCUAAAGUUGAAAAGAUAUACGACUUAGCUUAUCAACGGGCAAAGGGAAUGCUUCUGAAAAACCGCCGUGUUCUUGAGAAGAUCGCUGAGGAACUGCUCGAGUUUGAGCUCUUGACUCGAAAGGAUCUGGAAAGACUCCUUCAUGAAAACGGUGGUGUUUCGGAGAAGGAACCUUUCUUUCUCUCCGAAACUGAAUACAUUGAGCCAUUGUCAAGCAGCUUCCUUGAUGCCGGAAAUUCACCAGAAAUCGCUCUCCUGCCCUCAUCCUCCUCCUCCUGAAACCAUGAAGAGUAGUUGGUGCCUUGCUGGUCUCAUCUCUCUCGUGCCGCUAGGAUCAUCUUCUUACAGAUCCAUCCAUAGGUAAAUGCAGUUUUUGUUCUUACAGAUGCAGACAGUUCUAAACUGCGUCUGUAACUGCACGUUCCAAAGACGUCUUUCGGAUUGAUAUCGAUCGAU